AUGCCCGUCAUCCCACUGUCCACCACCGACGCUCGCUUUCCUCCACAGAUACGCGACGCCGCGUACACCUACGCGCGCACCGUCAUCCAGGCCGUGGACCACGUCAAACGCUCGCUGCGGACCCGACAAAACGCCAAUGGCGUUGUGAUUGCCAUACCCGCCCAAUAUGAGGGCCUCAACUCCGGCCCAGCGCCCGGUGCCGUCGCCGGCAUUGUCCUCGGCAGCGUGGCCGGCUUUCUCCUCUUAAUCUGGCUGCUAUGGGUGGCCAGCAGUGGCUCCGGCUUCAUUCGCGCAACGACACUAAACGAAGAAGAUGUGGUGGUCCGACGGAGGAGUCGAAGCAGAGGAACGAGACGAAGUCGGCGCACCGAGAUGACCAGCAGAUCGCCGAGGAGGGAACGAGUGAUCCGACAGGAGCGGAUAGUGCGCGACAUCCCGCCUCCCCGAGAGCCGAGUCGCAUGAGAGAGACUGUCAUUGUGGACGAGGGCCUCAUGCCAGAGCGAAGAGUCGAAGGCGACGAUAUCGUGGAGGUUAUCGAAGAGCAUUCGAGCAUCGGUGUGCCGCCUCCCAGGCGGAAGACCAGACGAGGCAGUCAAGGCUACAGGCGAGGAGAUUAUUCCGACAUCUAG